UUCAUGAAAAUCAAAAUAAUACUAUGUAAUAGUUGAAAUUCUACAUUCAUACAUAUAUUGGUAAAAGUACACCAAUUAUGAGUAAGAGAAAAAAUACUACUUCCAGUAUACCUUCAAAAACACCAAAACAUUGGUCUUUAGGACUCAUUGCAUCGAUGAAAGACCCUAAAUCAAUUAUAAAAAAUACAGAAAAAGUUGUUGUUAUAAAAGAUAAGUAUCCAAAAGCUAAAGUACAUUACCUUGUAUUACCUCAUGAAGAAAUCAAUAGCAUUUACAAAUUAAAUAAAUCACACAUCAGUUUACUUGAAGAAUUUGGUAACAUUUUUAAAGAAUUAAAGGAAGAAAAUGAAUCUGAACUUAGAGCUGGUUUUCACGCAAUACCUAGUAUGCAGAGAAUGCACAUGCAUGUUAUUAGCACAGACAUGAUAUCCACAUCCCUCAAAACAAAAAUACAUUGGAAUAGUUUCUGUACAAAGUUUUUUAUUCCCUACGAUGAAUUACUUCAAGAACUAAAAGACAUUGGUAACAUAAGGAAGAUUCCUUCAGAAUUGCAUACUUCACUAAUGAAAACUCCACUGCAAUGCAAUCAAUGUUCAUUCAAACCAAAAAACAUGCCUGAAUUAAAAGAUCAUUUAUUAAAACAUCAACUUUUAUAAGAUCUUAUUUAUGAUUUACAA